UUGAACAUACCCAAGGAAUGUUUAACAUGAUCAAGUUUAACGCAUUGUUAGUAGCCAUUUUGGCUUGUUUGAGUUUAGCUUCUUGUUUUGGAAAAACAUCAGAUUGGUGGGAAGAUGCAUCUAUUUACCAAAUCUAUCCCAGAUCCUGGAAGGACAGUAAUGGCGAUGGAAUUGGUGAUUUAAAAGGAAUCACCGAGAAAUUGGACUAUCUGAAGGAGAUCGACAUAACAGCCACAUGGAUUUCACCAUUCUUUAAAUCUCCCAUGGCUGACAAUGGCUAUGAUAUUACAGAUUUCUAUGAUAUCGAUCCAGUUUUUGGAACCAUGGCUGACUUCGAUGCACUUAUGAAGAAAGCCAAACGACUGGGUAUCAAAAUCAUAUUGGAUUUCGUUCCCAAUCAUUCGAGUUCUGAAUGUGAAUGGUUCAAGAAAUCUGUCAAUCGUGAAGAUGGCUAUGAAGAUUUGUAUGUUUGGGCUGAUGGCAUUGUUGACCCUAGCAAUUCCAGUCGAAAACUACCGCCAUCUACAUGGCAGAGUACUUUUGGAGGUUCGAUGUGGGAAUGGAAUGACAAACGUCAACAAUUCUAUUUGCAUCAGUUUUUGGAUUCUCAACCUGAUUUCAACUUUAGAAAUCCAAAAGUUCAUGAAAUUAUGUUUGACGUUUUGAAAUUUUGGCUUGAUCGCGGUGUUGAUGGAUUUAGAAUCGAUGCAUUGAAACAUGUUUAUGAAAAAGUCAAUGAUGAUGGAACGUUCCCCGACUUUCCACCAAGCAAUGAUCCUGAAGAUACUGUGAACAAGGCCAACAAGAUUUACACACAGAAUCAAUAUGAAACUGUGGAGCUUUUGUAUUCGUGGAGGAAGUUAAUGGAUGAUUAUAAAAAGGAACAUGGUGGUGAUACGAGAAUACUUCUAGCAGAAUCAUAUUCAGACAUUGAAAUUCUUGAUCAAUAUGUUGGCAAUGGAACACACGCUGGUGCUCAUUUACCUUUCAACUUUAAUUUAAACAAACUCGAUACAACAUCUAAUGCUCGAUUUGUUGAAGAGGCUGUCAAUAGUUGGAUGGAUGUUAUGUGGAAAAAGCACAAAAUGGCCAAUUGGUUGGUUGGUAAUCAUGAUGCCCCAAGAGCAACAGAUCGUUCCGGUUCUAUCAAAAAAGAUCUAUUAAAUAUUUUGAUCACCUCUCUUCCUGGAGUUGCUGUCACUUAUUACGGUGAAGAAAUUGGAAUGACUGGUUUACAAUGCCAACGUGAAGAAUGCGAGUGGAGUGAAAUUCGUAGUUUUGGUCGAUCACCAUUCCAGUGGAAUGAUCAGCUGGCAGCUGGAUUUUCCAAUACAACAGAAACAUGGCUGCCUGUUGUCGAUAAUUAUAAAGCCGUCAAUGUGAAAGUUGAACGGGGAUAUGCUAGAAGUUCAUUGAAUGUUUUUAAGAAGUUACAGAAACUUAGACGAACGGCUCCAUUCAAGGCUUCCAAAAACCCCAAUGGUUUCAGCUAUUGUGCUUUAAAUGAUCAAGUCUUCCAAAUAAUUAGGUCAUCUCGAUUUGAUGAAUAUCGAACUUUGAUAAAUAUGGGCAACCAAACGGAGACACUCACUGGACUUGGUAAAUCUCCGAGUGAAUUGGCUAACGUGUUUAAGUACGCUAUAGUGACAAGUAACUCACCACACGAUAUAGGGUAAUUUUGUUUGUUGUAG